AUGUUCCAGCGUCAAGCACACAAGAAAGCCCUCUCAUCAUGUGUUGUGGACGAAGCCGCCGAUGUGGCACGGCAUUUUAGUAAGGACCAAUUGCGUCAUUUAUUUGAGCUGAAGGCAGAUACCACAUCCGACACACAUAAUUCUUUGAAAUGCAGUCGCUGUGUGAAUGGCAUUGAGUACAGAGAACCACCAGAAUCGGCCGAUACGAAUUCGGACUUGAGCGACUGGUACCAUGCACAAAAAGACAUGCGCAAAGUACCUGAUCAGGUUCGGUUUUUGAGAAUAUUCAUUUUUGUAGAACUAGUAGUUAAUUUGUAAUG